AUGGCAAAGACAAAUGGGUUUAUAGCAGCGGCCACGACAAGCGCGGCAGUAAAACUUUGUUCCCAUAAAGCAUCUUCUCUUUCAAGCUAUAGUGUAACGUCUGGCAAUAUACAUCGCGGCGAUAUUGUUGGUUGUUUGAGUCCUUAUGAGCCGGAACAGCUACUGUGCAAACGAGUCAUCGCCAAGUUUUUGUUUCUGUCUUCUUUUUUUUGGAAAAAAGACGGAAAAAGGAUGGAGGGUUGUAAUAAGAAACCACGUUUCCCAAUGCUUCGUACAAAACUGCGCGGCAAAAGGCAAUUUAUACAUGGAGGACUAGAAUCAGAUCCCGUCAAUAGUGAGUUACUUCCAAACAAACGAGUUCCACGUGGACAUGUGUUCCUGCAAGGCGAUAACUACGUGGCAUCAACCGACUCUCGUCAUUUUGGCCCAGUUCCAGCUGGACUUGUUCAGAUUCGCCUUUGCUUGCGGAUAUGGCCUGUGUCGAGGUUUGGCUGGUUAUCAAACCAUUGGUUCUGGGAAUCCGAGGAAGAUGUGAAACAUAAAGACAACCUUGCAUCAUCGAAGUUCUAUCCAAGAAGCUGA